CCCCACCUAAUAAUGUCUCGAAUUUAACAAACACUUGCCCCUGCACCUGCAGACCAUCAUUCAGUCUAUCUUCAGCCUUAUACUAUUUAACACUUGCACUUCGCGACCGUCCUCUAAGUCUUUUUUCAGUGUUUAUUAUUUUUAUAAGUGAUUUAAUAUGGCUGGCUCAAUCGCUGAUAACACUUCCUUCUACAAAAAGAAGACAUAUACUUAUGUACCACCGUCACCACCAGCUGAACUCAUUGAUUCUUUAAGCUAUACAAUCGACUUUGCAGCCCGUAAGUUUUUACAAAUCGGUAUUGAUCCUAGUGAAAAAUUUCAAGUCGUUGUUCAUGUGUUAACUUCUUCUCGGUAUGUGCUUAUUACUGUUGAUCUUAUGAAAAAAAUAUUCUCAUAUAUGGGAAAUAUAUUAUCGUUCAUAUUAGCCACACCACAUAAGUAUAAGCGAAUAAUAUUUUAUGAAGAUGAAAAAAAUAAACUAUCGAGUAUGAUGUACAGCGGAGAAAAUGUACUAGUUAUGGAAGCAAAAAAUCGUGAGGGCUGCAGAGUGUUGUUGAAUCGGGCGGAUCUUAUGCGUCUUCAAUAUCUUGAAAAAUGUAUAUUCGAGACCAUCGUGCGAAAAGAAGUAUUUUCCGUUCCGUUAGUUAUGAAACAAUAUCAUGAGAUUGUUCAGUACAUAGACAAGAAAUGCGCUCAACAAAAAUCAUCGCCGAAUAAUGUUCAUGAUAUGGUAAUUUUCAUUAAGAAUAUACAAGUCGAUGGAGUAGUUAAAUCUAUACCAAACUUCAGUAAUCAAAUACAGAUGUGUGCAGCUGAACAAUUAUCCGAAUCUUUGCUGAACCAGAGAGCGAACAACUCACAAGAGUUUUUUAAUAAAACGAGGAUUAUUUCACCUAUCUCAUCGCCUACACCUAUGUCGCCACCUGUUUUGUUGUCACCACCGCCAUCACCGAUUUAUGCAAUAAAAUCAUCAGUUGAUGAAAACGAUGGACCGUCAUUUUUCAAUAUGCAACCAUUAUCGGAAACGGGUGACUUCGAUUCCGCCGUAUCGGAAUUGCAUUUAGUAAGACGUAAACUAUUUUAA